CCUGAUGUUUGCUCAAUCAUUUUCUCCAGCAACAGGAGAUUCAUCAUUUUCAGUCAUGCAGAACGAGCAGCAGGUAUUUCUUCGUAGAGCGGUAUCGGAUUUAAGCGAGGAGAUCGAACGGCACAAACUGAGUAUCAACGAAGAAGUAGAAGAGAUCAAGAUGAGCAGAAUUGAAGAAGAAGAAGAAGUAGUGAUAGAACAGGCUGAAUGCAGGUGCUGUGGGCUCAAAGAGGAGUGCACCAAACCCUACAUUUUAGAGGUCCAAACCUUCUUCUCAGGGAAAUGGGUUUGUGGGCUCUGCUCUGAAGCUGUUAAAGAGAGAGCCUUGAAGUUUCCAUCCAUAAGCAUUGGGCAAGCUGUGGAGUUUCACAGGGAGUUUUGUGAUGCAUUCAACGCCACCACAAGGCUUAACCCUAAACUCUCCUUGACCACUUCCAUGAGAAGGAUUGCUAGAAAAAGCUUUGAGAAACGAACCCAUGAUUCCACUGAUUUUGGCUCUUCUUCCAAUAGGCUCUCUCGAAGUGUUAGCUGUGAUCCUAAGAUUCAGUUUGUUGUUGAGUAAUCCUACGUUGUUGUGUAUUACUAAU